AUAAAAUUCUCAGUUUCCUUGUAAAUAUACACAAGACAAAAAUAUAUAUUCUACAUUCACGCACACAUAAACAUCUUAUUAUAAUUUGAUAAGCUCACGAUGCUCUUGAGGCAAAUCAACGUUAUCACACAUCUCAUAACCUCAUAAACAAAUAAAGACUUAAAAUGAACAACGUGCGUACGGCAAUAGUUUUUAUUGUUUUAAUUCUACAAGAAAUAUACACACAGAACGUAACGGACUACGUGAUUCCAGAAAUAACUAUACAAGCAUUGAAACCUAAAGGUUUUCGAGCUUUUAUACCAGCAGAUCCAAGAAUAAAUUUACUUCAUAUUGAAGCGAAUUUUUACGAUUCUCUACAAUUCGUUGGUAGUGUUAGAGAAUUUGUGACCACAGAGACAAAUGGAAGAUGGAUGUAUGAAGAUCGUGUGUCACAAUUAAAAGUCGGAACCGUCGUGGUGUACUACGUGUUUGUAGCUUUACGUAGGGGGGAACCGGAUUAUUCUAACCAGUUUUUGGCUUACGCCGUUAACGGCUAUGCAACUGGAGGAAAACAGCACAAAAUUACCGAGUUACAAGAUCCGGACGACUACAGUGCCCCAUCAACCGUACAAAUUGAGUGUCGUCCAACGAUUACUCGUAUCCAUGGUGGAGCAGCUUGCGCUGGCCAGACGAUAUUUGAAGAUGACUUUGAUGUUCUUCGAGAAGACCUGUGGCAAAUAGAUCAAUAUAUUCCAAAAGACCAUCCGGAACAUCCAUUUAUAUCUUAUCAAAAGCUGCCCUCAGAUUCCGUACUAAAAGUUGAGAGUGGAACACUUAAAAUUCAACCAAUACUUCAGCAAGAUUUACCCGGUUUCACAAAUAAUUCAUUGUUUUCUAAAGUAUUGGAUCUACACGAUGAAUGUACCGGCAGUGUCUGCAUUACAAAAGGGUCUGGCCUGGAGAUUCUACCACCCGUCGUUAGCGGUAGGCUAAGCUCGAAAUUCUCCUUCAUUUACGGCAUUGUUGAAAUACGUGCCAAGAUGCCAAUUGGAGACUGGCUUUACCCAGAACUCUUCCUGGAAUCAUUAACGAAAAAAUAUGGCAGCACGAAUUAUGCCUCUGGCGUUUUGAAGAUUGCUACUGUUUUUGGGAAUAAGCAACUAAAUGAACCUCUCUACACGAAUAAAUUUCUAAGAGGAAUGGCUUUAACUAAUUCUGUUUGUAAGCCUGUUCGUGAUGAUACCAAAGAAUAUAUUAACGGUACUUGGAGUGAUGAUUUCCAUGUUUUCUCUGUCAAGUGGACACCGAGUUCAAUAGAACUAUCUGUUGAUGGACAAAUAUGGAGUCGUGUCCGACCAGGGAAAUAUGGACUGCGGUCUUGGAUGCCAAUUUACUGUCGGGAUAAAUGGCUCAAACUACUUAAUGGCGGUGGCAAGAUGGCGCCCUUUGAUCAUUAUUUUUAUUUGAGUCUCGGUUUAUCCGUCGGUGGAACAGAAUUCCCGGACUCAUUGAAAACAAGUGACGGCAGACCCAAGCCGUGGAUUAAUCUGCAUCGAAAAGCAACAUUGAAUUUCUGGAAGGACGAAUCUAACUGGCACCCAACUUGGAUCCAACCUUUGUUAAUUGAUUAUGUAAAAAUCAAAGCGUUAUGAUUUGUUAGUCAAUUUAGUUGCUAAAACUAUUUUAGUUUUCACUUUUAAAUAGUAAUUUAUUACAAUAUGUAUUGUUGGAAUUAUUGAGAUAUAAAUACUAUGUAAAGAUUUAGAAAUAUACAAUGUUCGUCCCGACUUCGUAUGGGUGAAAUAA